CCAUAGCCAGUGCGGGAAAGUAGUGGAGGAAUAGAACGUUGUGGCCUGUACUCAUCGUCCAACUUCCCUCUCUCGAAAAUGAAGUACGUCGCAGCAUAUUUGCUGGCCGUUCUCGGCGGCAAGGCCCACCCUACGGCGGAUGACAUCGCUGACAUCCUGGAAUCAGUGAGUGCGGAUGUUGAUCACAAGAGGUUGGAUAAGUUGAUGAAGGAGGUAGAGGGCAAGGAUGUCAAUGAAUUGAUCGCCGCAGGAAGGGAAAAAUUCUCCUCGGUCCCGUCUGGUGGCGGCGCAGUUGCCGUGAGUGCUGGCGGCGGUGGUGGAGGUGACGCAGCUAGCGGCGUUGCCGCUGCGGAGCCGGAGAAGGAACCAGAGAAGGAAGCAGAAGAGGAGGAAGAGGAUGAGGAUAUGGGCUUCAGUCUCUUCGACUAAGGUGGAAGGGUUUUCUUACUUCCAUUUUCUGAAGCCUGCACAACUGUGUCUGCUAAUUAAUAGAACUGUC